AUGCACAUAUGGGCAGUCAGGAGUAUAGCUCCUCAACUCCUUCUGCUGGACAUCCAUCUUUGGGUAUGUACUUGGGUGGUUCCGAUCCUCAUGAGAUUAGACAGCAGGUUGUUGCUGUGGGAACACCUCUUCCAACAGCAUCUCUACCUAUUGGUGCUCAGCAAGGACCUGUAAUGUUGACAGCAAAAAACUUGCAGUGUAUGAGAUCAAUUUUAAGCUUGGCCCAUUGUCAUGGGUCAAUACUGGGGACAGCAUGGCAUUUGGUUCUCACCACAUUACAGCACUUGGUUUGGAUCCUUGGUUUGAAACCAUCAACUGGGGGAAGUUUAAAAGCAGGCCGUACUACAGAGACUCCUAAUGCUGUUAUUACAACAGCUGUCAUGGCAGACUUGCCUGUGCUAUCUGCUAUGCUUUCCCGUCUCUUUGAAAGCUCACAUUACGUUCCUUUGGCAGACACUUUGUCUCACGUCUUGCACUCUACCCAAUACCUUGAUGAUGUAGCCUUACAUCACUUGAUUGAUGCCCUCUGUAAACUGUCCACAGAGUCCAUGGAUCUUGCAUAUAAUAAUAGAGAACCAUCUUUGUUUGCUGUUGCAAAGCUUCUUGAAACUGGUUUAGUUAACCUUGCUCGUGUUGAAGUAUUGUGGAGACCUUUAACAAAUCACCUGCUGGAGGUUUGUCAGCAUCCACAUGUACGGAUGAGAGAAUGGGGAGCAGAAGCAGUCACCUACUUAGUGAAAGUGGCUUUGAGCUACAGGUAUGAGCCACCUCUAAAAGAGAGAAAGAAAUUGCAAGUGAUGCUUCUUUCUCCACUUCAAGAACUUUCAUCCAUUCCUCACCCUGACAUUAGACAAAAACAGAUUGAUUGUACUCAACAGGUACUACACAGUAAUGGAGAAUCCCUCUCUCAUGGCUGGCCCCAAAUAUUGGAUAUCAUAGGAGCUAUUUCUGAAGCUCAAGGAGAGUCACUGAUUCGCUCAGCUUUCCAGUGCCUUCAACUUGUUGUAGCUGACUUCCUCCCCAUCAUGCCCUGUACUUGCCUUCAGCUCUGUGCAGAUACAGCUGCAAAGUUUGGUUCACAGAAUCAAGAGCUCAAUGUUUCUUUAACAGCUGUGGGGUUGUUAUGGAAUAUUGCAGAUUACUUAUACCAGAACCAGCACAAGAUUAGGGAAGGUUUGGAGGUGACUAGUAAUGACACUAACUUACCAGCUUUUGAUGAAUUGUGGAUGGUUUUGUUUUCUCGUCUUGGUGAUCUCUGUGUAGACUCUAGGUCUGCUGUUAGAAAAAGUGCUGGGCAGACACUCUUCUCCACCAUUGGAGCUCAUAGUUCAUUAUUACAACAGAUGACAUGGCAAAGUGUCUUGUGGCAGGUUUUGUUCCCUUUGUUGGACCGAGUUAGAAAUCUGUCAGGUUCUGCUUCUUCUGACAAAAUUAGUGAUAUGGGAGGAAAUAUAUUAAUUCAUCACUCCAGGAAUACGGCACAGAAACAGUGGGCUGAAACGCAGGUGCUAACACUAUCUGGAGUAGCCAGGGUCUUUCACUCAAAGCGAAAUGCUCUACAGAAACUGGGAGAUUUUCCACGAGCCUGGGCCUUGCUUUUUGAAUUCAUAGAAGGAGCUGCUAGAAGUAAAAACAAUGAGGUUUCGCUUUCUGGUUUGAAAAGCUUUCAAGAAAUUCUAAAUUCUAAUGAGAAUAUAGCAGAAAAGAGUGAUUUCAGCCAGUCUGCCUUAUGGUCAACAGCUUGGAAAGUAUGGUACAACAUUGGAAUUGAUAGUACAAAACCUCCACCUGAUCACUUAGUUGAGGAAGCCUCUGCAAAGAAUGACCUUUCUAUUUUCUACAUUCCUUCUCAGCCUUUUUUAACAGCUCUGGUCCAGAUUUUUCCUCUUCUCUUUAAUCACAUCAAACCUCGGUGAGUAAGAGAAAGAUCAUUAAUUCUAAAACCA